GAGCCGGUCCCCCAGGAGCCCGGAGCGCAGAGGAGCCCCGCGCGGGCGCUGCAGUGGGUGGGGCCGGGGUUGAGGGCGCUUUCCCGGCCGCUGCUGGUGUUGCGGUUUCCCGCCGACGCUGCUCCGCGCACUCGCCUCCCCGGGCCGCCCUCAGCCCCACGAGCUGCCCUCGCCCUCGGGUCAGGCUCCGCCCGGGUGCUGAGAGCGGCUCCUCGCGGAACCUGCCUGGCUGGCUGCGUCCGUGGAGCCUGGCACGCUCCCCCUGGGGUCUUGAGUUCAAGCCCCCACGUUGGCAUAGAGAUUACUUUAAAAAUUUUAUUUAAAACGCUACAGUGUCGUCAUACACACGAGUUGGACAGACGCACAGAUGAAAAUGUUCAGGUAGAUAAAUGAGAUGGAAAACACGAUUCAAAGAAAAAUACACCACUGGGUCAUUACCACCUAGGACAUCACAUUUUGGGGUGAGACAGCCUGUCAGGGAUACGGUAGCCGUCACAGGCCACGAGAUACCUUUACAGAGACAGAAGAGGGAACUCCACAAAAGAACUAGGGGCUGUGACACUCCUACAAACACGGGGGGGGGGGGGAGCUGUUGGAUCCCAUGUGAGUUUGUGGUGGGAUUGGGUGCCGUUAGAUGGAGCUAGGGAUCAGGUGUUCACAGUGUACGCAAGAUCUAGGUGUUUAAGGAGUGGGCUCUGGUUCAGGGCCCCAGGGAGGACUGGAGCCUGGUCAGUGAACAGGGAAUGGGGGCGGCGUUUGGUGGAGUCAGGGAGGCGUCUCCGAGAAGGGCCCAUUCAGAGCUCCGACGUGAGGGGCCGGCCUCAUGCACACCUACCCUUGGCCUGUGUCUGGAAUCAACCAAGCGCGGAGGCAGGAAGGACUGGCACAAGGAUUGGUGGCGUCCUCUCUCCAGUGCAGACCCUGCCCCAGAGCCCAGAGCGCUCAUCACUAGCUCAGGAGGAUCAAGAGCUGUGACUAAAGCAAGAGCUUUCGGAAGAAGUGGGGCGUCUGUACCCUGGCCUUUCUCCUCAGCCCAUCCUGGCUUCUAGUGGCCCUUCCUCUCCCGGGAACAAAGGAAGAUGGAAAAGCCCAGGGGCAAAAAGAAGGCACAGACCCCAAAAGAAGAAGGAGAUUUGCUAAAGGACACUCCCAAAGAAGAGAAAGCUUCUGGGGAGAAAAGGGUCAACCAGAGGUCAGCGUCGGCCAGGAAGGCCGGCCUGAGCCCUGCAGACGAGGAGCAGGUGUUCGACGCCUUCGAUGCUUCGUUUCAAGACGACUUUGAGGGGGUUCCUGUGUUCGUGCCUUUUCAGAGAAAGCAGCCCUUCAAGUGUGGCGAGUGUGGCCGCGUCUUCAAGCACAAGACAGACCACCUUCGCCACCAGAGGGUUCACACGGGAGAAAAGCCCUUCAGGUGUGAGGAGUGCGGGAAGACGUUCCGGCACAGCUCCGACGUCCCCAAGCACCAGAGAAUCCACACCGGAGAAAAGCCCUUUAAAUGCAGCGACUGUGGGAAGGCCUUCAACUGCGGUUCCAACCUCCUAAAACAUCAGAAGACGCACACCGGAGAGAAGCCGUUCGAGUGCAAGGAAUGUGGGAAAACCUUUGCCUACAGCUCGUGUCUCAUUCGCCAUCGGAAGCGUCACCCCCGGAAGAAGCACUGAGCGAGGGCAGCUGCGCUGUAUUGGUGCCGAUGGGAGCCGUGCCUCCCGCAGCGCCUGCUCGAUGCCGCGGGCUCCGGGAGCACAGCACGCCUGUGCCUGGGCGACCCCGUCGCCGACUGGAAAAUCAAGCCAGUGGGGGAAGCGGGUGCUUGAGUGUGCUAAAGACCUGGACCGAUACACCACGACAACGUGGGAGGGGCUUGUGGCCCCAGAGACGCUGGGGACACGAGCAGCCGUCUGGGACUCUGGAGAUGGCUGCUUGCGAGUGGCCCAGCACCUUCCACAGCGGCCUCUGCCCAUGGCGUCCGCUGUGGCUUCAGCCCUCUCAGCUCUCUUGAAGACUUGACUGCAGAUCCCCGACCUGCCGGGUCCUCCCUGUGCAGCCUGGCGGGAGAGGGGUGGCCCUGAGCUGGAGCUGUGCUCUGCGGUCGCGCCCCCAGCACCGCACCAGACGCCGGCCGGCCCCACUCAGCUGGCCGUGGGGACAGCGGUUCGUGCUCCGGCUUCCCUCCUCGGGCUGCAGCAGCCCCACCCCCACCCGACCCCUUGUGCGUCCCCCUGGCCCAGGUGAGCGGCCUCACUCACCCAGGUGGGUCCCUCAGGACCUGUGCCGCCACCGUGGGAGAUUCCUGCCCCGGACACGUGGUAGACGUCCCGAGGAUGUGCGGGCAGCUUCGAGCCGGCCCCAUCUGCCAUGGGGCUCUUCGGUUGUGAGGCCGUGCGCCCUGCCCCCCGGAGGGCAGCUCUCCAGGAGGUCACAGACGCCAGAGGGCAGGUGCUCCCGGCGGAAAUGCUUCUCCAGGCUGGUAGGUGUUUGCUCCCCUUCUUCCUAGAAGCCGCAGUGUUUCGACGCCGGAGCUGGCUCCCCGCCCGGCCCCAGCGCAGCCCUCACAGCUGACUCCGCUCACCCCAGGCCUGGCAGGGGAUCCAGGGGGACACACCGUGUAUGGUCCUCGAUGGGCAAGAUAGCCGCAGAGGCCAUCACAGGGACAUUAGCAAACUUCGUGUGCACACUGUCCACUGGGGGGCAGAGCUGCAUCAGUUUCCCGGGGCCUGCUUGGAUCGCGGCCAUCCACCUGUCCUUGUUGGGAAGGACUAAGGUUUUCCCAGGGGUAUGCGGUCAUGAUGUCUGCGAUUUACUCUCAGACGUUCAGCAGAGAAUACAGGACCUGCGUUCACUCGGAGCGCGACGAGGCAGAUGGCGCGCGCUGGUCGUUCCCGCACCUGGAGCAGGUCGGCAGACGUCUUCUGUGAAGGGUCAGAUAGCGACCGUUCCUGGCCCUGCAGCCCUAAGGCGUCUGUCCCUGCUCAACUCCACUGCGGCAUGUGACCGCAGCCCCGACAGCACAAGGGAACGCGCGUGGCCGAGUUCCGCAGAAGCUGGCUGACAGGAUGGGUGCCCAGACACGAAUGACAGGUGGAGAUGGUGGUGGCAGGCCUCCUGCUCUGCGCCCUGCAGGGUGGGCGUCCCGGCGGCACAGUCGGCGGCUGGCCCGGCCUCUCCCAUCAGCAGCCAGGUGGGUUUUCGUCAUGGCCAGGUUGUCAGAAGAGAAAGAUACAUGCUCUGACCCCAUGGCUCCGAUUUCUAGAGAGGGAGUGCGUGGGGAAGAGCCUGGGCUCUUGGACUCCAGCCAGUGCCUUGGCGACGUGCGACCAAGGGCAUGUCCCUUAACCUCCUCAUGCUGCCUCAGUUUCCUGUGGCGUGACGUGGGCAUCCGCACGGGGCUUACCCCGACCCAGCGAGUCGUGUGAAGUCGCAGGUGCAGGGCCGGCUCCCCGCAAGUGUUUCAGGAGUGUCAGCUCAGGGUGAGCCUGGCUGACGCGGUGGGUGGUGAGGUCUAGCCCCACGUUGGAUGUGGGCGUCUUGCCAUGGGGUUGUGUUCGUAGGGAGGCGGACAUUUGCCCGUGUGUGUGGGAGGCGGGCCGUGCGCACCCACAGCCCUCAGCGCCUCUCCCAGGAAGGCUGCCGGUGACUUCAACUGCACUGGCCCACAAGAGAGCCACAGAAAAAUACAUUUUAAAAAAUAAGACUUGGAAAUUUGUUUUUCCAGUACAGUUGAGUCAUGAGAAAAGUCACAAAAUCAAUCUCAAAGCAGCGAGUGGCCUUUUCUGCCUCCUGUCUCUCUGGAAGUUUUGAGGGGCUUUCUAUUGUUCUAGUGAAACUCCUCUCCUAAGAAAAAGAAAACUCUCAACAAUCUGACCCAAAUUUAAAAAAAAAAAAAAAUCUAUAAAACGUGCAGACCUCCCUGACACUAAAGAGAGGCUCGCCCGGCUUCUCUGGGAGCCACAGAAGCUGCAUGGGGUCAUGUCACCCCCAAGCACUUCCGUCCCGACAGCAGACAAGCUAGAAAUCAGAAGCCGAAGCUCCGGCUUCGGAAGUUACAAAAACGAGAACGGAACAAACGCACUGUGGCACGGAGGAAAUCGCAAGGAGCAGAGAGCGGCAUAACCCAUGGGCACGGAGGCCAUUGUGGGCAGGAGACAGUGGAUGCUGGUUGUUUACCAGGACCGUUCAGGCUGGCACUGGCCAGCAGCAGCGUCCAAGAACAGAGCAGGAGCCACCGAACCGUCAGGAAUGCAAAGGGGACGUGACAGCAGGGACACCAGGGAUCGGGGAAGCCCAAGCUCGGGGCCAGGGAACGGGAUCACAGACGAGGAAGGGAGACUGGUGCACGAGCAAGCGGCCCAGAGACCCCGUGCCUGCCACGCGGGGUGUGUCCGGAGUCUCGAGUCUUCCUCGAAGAAUGCAAGUCCAGAUGGCAUACAGGGGGUCAGGAACCCAUUCUGGUCCUCUAGGGACUCAAAGGUUGAAAAGAGGAAACCCCUUGCCUUACUUUAUGAGCUGGGACAGCCCGGAUGUCUGUGCUCACGGCUGCAGAGGCCAGCACGGCGCGGACAGACCCGGUCCCAAAGGGCAGGAGCGCAGCUCAUAGUACAGCCAGGUGAGGUCUCCUUCAGAAAAGGCAAAAGUAGCUCAAAACGGAUGUGAUCUCUCCCCUCAACCGAUGGGGGAGGGGCCUGUUAUCACAGAGUUAAGUCUCUGCCAAAACCCACCAUCCGUUCGUGAUUCGGAUGCCUUCAUAAAUAAGGAGCAUCGCAGCGUUGUCUAAACCCGUACGGAACCUCUCCCGGCACCCGGAACGGUGCUGUGGCCCGGGCUCCCGUGCGGCCCACGUCCCCUCUGAGGGCAGAACAUAAGGGGGCCGCCUUCACGGCUCCCCCUGCGCCCGGAGCCAGGCCAGGAGGAAAGAACGCACUAGGAUUACAGUAGAAACCCCCGAGUGUGGUCGUCAGCAAGUGACCUACCGUCUACACAGAAUCCACACACUGUCCCCGCGUACUGGACUGAAGGGCUGAGCAGGCUCUUGGCGAGAAGGUCAGCAUUGGGACUCCCAGAGGACCCCGGUGCGAAGAAGGGGAGUAGGGUUCCUCCGGCGCCGGGGGGUGCGGUACUGUAGCAGGCAUUCGCGGUGGCCUCUGGAGGACACAGCUCGAGUGUCCCUCACCAGACAAGCGUGGUAAUGCCGCCAGACGCGGGCUCAGCUGUCAGCCGCCAGGGAAAUAAGCGCAGACCCCUGGGUCGCAGGAGUGGGAGCCUCGGAAGCCCGGGGCAGAGUGCCAGAGGCCGGCGGGGACACCGCCGUGCGGCCUGCACUCACGGGAGGGGCCGAGGCCGUGCCUCCCCCACACCGCCCGGCAGGAGAUGUUCCCCUUUAACAGGUGCAGGGUUCUGCUGGGAAUGAUGAAAAGGCUUUGAGCGUAGGGCAUAAGGCCGUGAUGCACACAGUUGAGUCAGUAAACACCUGCAUCUUUCCUGCCGCGAGAACAGUCUGUGGAGUCCGCGGUCCUGGUAGCAGCGGUCAGUCCACUUUAGCAACAAAACCGCAUUUCAUAGCAAGUUAGAGACGCACCCUACCGUGCUAGCCCAGAAGUCUCGCUCGUUAAAAUCCCGUAGGGAACCUCUGUGCACGCGCAGUAACGUCGCUAGUGCAUGUGGAAUGUCAGAAAAAUUGGAAAUAACCCCAGCGUGUCCCUGCAGGGGAGUGGGGCGGCGGGCGGGCGGCAGUGCGGGGCUCCCGACCCGCCGGGACCGGGGGCGGGGCUCUGAGCUGCUCUCGAAUCCCAUCAUACCCACGACGUUUCCGAGGUUUACGUGGGUUUGAAAUGUUAGUUUCUAACUUCCUUAACUUCUUUGAGACCUGAUGCUCCCCCUCGCUGCCCCGUUCUGUUGCUGUCCAGGCUGGGGGGCGUGGGUCAGGACCUGGCCACAAGCACGGGCCAGUCUGGCUCCUGCGCCAGGAGUGGAGUGGGGGUGGGGCAAGCCAGGUCAUAAUUGCAUUUCUUUGUUUAAAAGGUAAUUCGUGUCCCUUUCUGGCUGUGAGAGCAGAUCACCCUGGUCAGGAAGCUCCUGAUGCGUAAGAGUGACCCGUCCAGCCGGACAGGCCAGCCCUGAGCCCCGGCAGGCGAGCCCCGUGAAGGCAGCGAACACCCCGAGGGCCCUUCACCGGUUCCCUAGCCUCUCUGAAGGCCACAAAAUUCACACCCGUGGCCCGCUGCACCCAGGAAGGCAAUGCAGACACCACCUGCCUUCUAGGGAAGCGCUGCAGGCAGAAACCCCACAGACAACGUCAAGAACUUCCCCAGCAUCCUGGGACGGUCCCAGAGAAAUGCCUUUUCCCCAUGGAAAACCUUCAGGGACCCCCGGCUGAGCGUGGUUCUCAAAGCCCGAUGCCCGGGACCACUUAGGGCCGCGCCCACAGAGCACCUCAGCGCCUGGCCCAGCCUGGAGGGCGCGGGACAGACACCAGGCGGGGAGCCACGGAGGACACCUGCGGAUGACCCAGGGAGGUGAUGUGGAUCGUCCUUCACGCUGGCGUCCUGUGAGCCGGGCCGGCGCAUCCCCGCGGGGCCCCUGCCAGGCCCGAUCUGAGGGAAGGUGGCCGCCAGCGCUGUGGCAGAGUGGGCAGCCGGUGGGGCUUUGCUUCCUCCUCCGCCUGCCAGUUGGGGGGUUGUCCUGUGACCAGGCCCACUGCGGUCCUGAGGAGGCUAUAGGCACCGGGGUGCUUCCUGGCCUUGAUUUGCAGCAGCCUCUGUGUCCAUCCCCAGUCUGGACACCAAGUGUGCUGGUCCUUUCCCUGCAAGUGAGCGAGGCCCCAAGACACACCGCGGACAAUGCAGGUCCGGACACAGCCCGGAGACCUCGGCUUCGGGGAGCUGAACCCCGGGCUCCUGAGUCCUGGUGCUCGCAGCAGAAGCUUGUGGCACAGAGGACACUUGGACAUUUGCUCUGGAGCAGGAUCGGCGAGGACAGGGUUCUCAGCCACGACAGAGGGGUAAAAGGGGUGUCCCCAAGGCCCAGGGAAGCAGUGUUGGACCAGAAAGGAAAUGGACUGAGGACCAGUUCAGGCUGGGACCAGCCACGUGGAUGAGGGGCAGACUCCGGUCUCUCGCCCAAGGACACAGCUCUGCUCUGGGUGGGGCCCGUGCCUCCUGGGACCUCUGUGCACUGAGCAUAGAGUUGGCGGUCUCCUGGUGUCCCAAACUCCAGGCUGCCCAUUCCACAAACUACAGGGUCCUCCCCCUGACCAGAGUCCUGCCAGGAUCCAGACAGGGCCAGGGGGCCCUGGGGACACUGCUGCUGGGCUUGCCUGCUGUCUCCAUAGGUGUGGGCUUCCCAGGCCUGCAGCCUGAGCACCCCCCCCCCCGUGCCUCCUGCCCGGUGCCCACGUGGAUGCCAGCACCGAGAUCCGCACGAGCUCCCUGUCACACUAUGUGGGCCCCGAGUCCCUGCACCACCCUGUGGCCGUCGGGUUCUAACACGUGCGUGAGUCCUGGUGAGCUCCGGCAGCGUCCUGGGAUCGUCUUCAACCGCCGGCAGAGCGCGUCCACUGGGCUCUCGGCGCGCAGCUGUGGGUCCCACGCGGCCGAAAAUGGGACUUUCCCAGCAGUGACCUCUGACGGGCUCCGGCUCCGAUCCCUUCAUGUCCUUCAGGCCCCAGAGCGCAAGCACGUGCGCAUCUGGGGACGCGUUCCAUUUCGGUUUAUCCGAGUUCUGUGGCUUACGCUCCAUGGAGCGCUGCCUCCAUCCCGACCGGCAUUGCACUGGUUCUGGUACCUUCCAGCCACCCUUCUCCCCAGCACAUGUCCUGUCCUGCUGCUUGUGGAUAAUCUGUUUCCCCCGUAAUAAACUCUGUUCUGACCCGUU